GAACUCAUACAAGAAGAACAUUUGUGUGGACAUGCUGCGAGAUGGUUAUCACAAGUCCUUUACUGAGCUCUUCGCCCUGAUGGAGAAGUGGGAUGUCCUCAGGGAGACCGCGAAGGUUAGGUCCCUUUUGUGGUUGCAGAGACCUCUGGAAGAACAGCCUGAUAAGCUGGAUCACUUCUACCACUACCUGACCAGGGCUGAGGCAGCUGAAAGGAAAGAAUACUUCGAAGGUGUCUAUGAUAACUUGUAUGCACUGGCCUGUUACUUCAAUAAUUCUGAAGACAAAUGGGUAAGGAACCACUUCUAUGAACGAUGUUUUAAGAUUGCUCAACUGAUCAAAAUUGACGGUGGGAAGAAAGAAGCCGAGGCGCAUGCGCACAUGGGACUUCUCUUCGAGGAAGAUGGUCAGCUUCUGGAAGCUGCUGAGCAUUAUGAAGCAUUCCAUCAAUUGACGCAAGGGCGGGUAUGGAAGGAUGAGACAGGCUGCUUUCUCAACUUGUUGGCCUGUGAGAGUCUCCUGAGGACUUACAGAUUACUCUCAGACAAAAUGCUGGAAAAUAAAGAAUACAAACAGGCCAUCAGAAUUCUAAUAAAAGCUUCUGAAAUAGCCAAAGAAGGAAGUGACAAAAAGAUGGAAGGAGAAGCUUCCUAUUACUUGGGCUUAGCACACCUAGCUGCUGGAGAGUAUGAAACAGCAUUAACAGUCCUUAACACUUACAGUAAAAUCUCCACAGACCUGGAUGAUGAUCUCAGCCUGGGGAGAGCCUAUGAAGCAAUAGCCAAGGUCCUGCAGAGCCAAGGAGAGAUGACAGAAGCAAUUAAAUACUUGAAAAAAGUUGUGAAAAUUGCAAGAAACAAUUUUCAAAGACUAGAUGUUGUAAGAGCAAGUACAAUGCUUGGGGAUAUCUACAAUGAAAAAGGUUACUACAACAAAGCUUCGCAAUACUUUCAGCAAGCUUUUGACACAACAGCAGAGCCAACAAACUUGCGUGAAAUGGAUGAAAUGAAAGUUCAUUAUGGAAUAGCAAAAGCUCAUCAGAUAAUGCUGACCGUUAAUAAUUACAUCGAGUCUGAAGAUCUCACCAGCCUUGACUACCUGCUGUCAUGGAAGGAGAAUAGAGGCAGCAUUGUAUGUGAUCCAACUAUUGGAGAAUCUAGAAAAUCCACAAUGGAAAGUUUACAUCAAGUCCCAGAAAAUUUAAAAGAAGAAUGUAGUAGAUUUCCAGAUAAUCAAAAAAAUGAGACUUAAACCAGCUUUGGACUCAGCAACAAAGCAAGAAGAAAUUUAUCAUGUCACCUUCAUCUUUGAUAACUGUAAUAGGAGUAUGUUACAAGUAAUACAGAUAGAAUUAUAAUAAA